AUUCCAGCAUUUUACUUGUCACACUGAUGGGUGAGAUGCUUUCAUAUUGGCAAAGGACACUGAGCGGAUGUCUCCCCUUAUGUUAUCAAACAGACCCAGCGAGUGAAUCUACCCAGAGCUGGAGCCUCCUCUGCGGUUUGGGAACACCACUGACAGACACCGUGGCUCUGUGGCUUGGCUUUAGAUACUUUUGACUAUGGCUGUAGAACCCAACAGCUCAGAAUCCAUGAAAAGGAGAGUUGGAAGGAGGAUGAAGAAGAUGAGCAACAUUUAUGAGUCGGCUGCCAAUACACUGGGUAUCUUUAAUAGCCCCUGCCUGACCAAAGUUGAGCUGCGUGUGGCGUGCAAAGGAAUUUCCGACAGAGAUGCCCUUUCCAAACCAGACCCCUGUGUCAUCCUCAAAAUGCAGUCCCACGGCCAGUGGUUUGAGGUUGACAGAACAGAGGUGAUUCGCACCUGCAUAAACCCAGUGUAUUCAAAACUGUUUACUGUGGAUUUUUACUUUGAAGAGGUGCAACGCCUGCGGUUUGAAGUUCACGACAUCAGCAGCAACCACAAUGGGCUGAAGGAGGCUGACUUCCUUGGUGGCAUGGAGUGUACACUUGGCCAGAUUGUUUCCCAGAGAAAGCUGUCCAAAUCCUUGCUGAAGCAUGGGAACACAGCAGGAAAGUCCUCCAUCACGGUGAUUGCUGAAGAAUUAUCUGGCAAUGAUGACUAUGUUGAACUUGCAUUCAACGCACGGAAAUUGGAUGACAAGGAUUUCUUCAGUAAAUCUGACCCAUUUCUGGAAAUUUUCCGCAUGAACGAUGAUGCAACUCAGCAGCUUGUACACCGAACUGAGGUGGUAAUGAAUAACUUAAGCCCAGCCUGGAAAUCAUUCAAAGUAUCCGUAAAUUCUCUAUGCAGUGGAGACCCAGACCGCCGGCUGAAGUGCAUAGUAUGGGACUGGGACUCCAAUGGCAAACAUGACUUCAUUGGAGAAUUCACCUCAACAUUCAAGGAGAUGAGGGGAGCAUUGGAAGGGAAGCAGGUACAGUGGGAGUGCAUCAACCCGAAAUACAAAGCUAAGAAGAAGAAUUACAAGAACUCAGGCACUGUGAUUCUGAAUCUUUGCAAGAUCCACAAGAUGCAUUCUUUCUUGGACUACAUCAUGGGUGGUUGCCAAAUCCAGUUUACAGUAGCUAUAGAUUUCACUGCCUCCAACGGGGACCCCAGGAACAGCUGUUCCCUGCACUACAUCCACCCUUAUCAACCCAACGAGUACCUGAAGGCCUUGGUGGCUGUGGGGGAGAUCUGUCAAGACUAUGACAGUGACAAAAUGUUCCCAGCCUUUGGAUUUGGAGCCAGAAUACCCCCAGAGUACACGGUCUCUCAUGACUUUGCAAUCAACUUUAAUGAAGACAACCCGGAAUGUGCAGGAAUUCAAGGAGUUGUGGAAGCCUAUCAGAGCUGCCUUCCCAAGUUACAACUCUAUGGGCCCACCAACAUUGCCCCCAUCAUUCAGAAGGUCGCCAAGUCAGCGUCAGAGGAGACUAACACCAAGGAGGCUUCGCAAUACUUCAUCCUGCUGAUCCUGACCGACGGUGUCAUCACAGACAUGGCCGACACCCGGGAGGCCAUCGUCCAUGCCUCCCACCUCCCCAUGUCUGUCAUCAUCGUGGGAGUCGGGAAUGCUGACUUCAGUGACAUGCAGAUGCUGGAUGGUGACGACGGGAUCCUGAGGUCUCCCAAGGGAGAGCCUGUCCUUCGAGACAUUGUCCAGUUCGUGCCCUUCAGGAACUUCAAACACGCCUCUCCUGCUGCCCUGGCAAAGAGUGUGUUGGCUGAAGUCCCAAACCAAGUCGUGGACUAUUACAAUGGCAAAGGGAUUAAACCAAAAUGUUCAUCGGAAGUGUAUGAGUCUUCCAGGACACUAGCACCAUAAACUCCACCCACUUUUACAGAGUUCCAAAAUACUGUUCCUGAUCAUAUUUAAUACUUCUACUACUCCCAUACUUAAUAAAAGAACCACAUACACAUUUAAAAAUAGCACGUUUUGGUGAUUUUUAACUGAUGAUUUUUUUGCAUGUGUAGCCCCAAGGCCUGGAUCUGUUAAGCCGUUGUAUUGUUAAAGACUUUUUACACAGAAACACAAGUAACAGUAAUUUACUCUUUACAGUACAGCAUGUCUCCUUGAAAUAAAAUGGUAUCUGUAUUGGUUUUUUAUACAGGUUUGUUGAAAUUUUGCUAAAUUUCUUAUUAUAUCUUUACACUGUAAAGCAUUUUGAAACAUUUCUUGAACGUCGAUAGCCAAAACAUAUUUGGUUUUAUCUGCUACAGGAUGAAAGACUUUUCAAAAUGGCAGAUGCAUGGACUGUAUUUUGCAUGUUUAAAAUAAAAAAACAAAAACCCACACUGUUUUUGCAGUUGUUAUCUAUAGUCCCUCCCUGCUAAGAAUGGUCUCCCUAUUGAAGAGGAGGUUUGUUCACCUAGAAGUAGUUCUCUUGAAGUGGACCCAGGCCUUCUCAAACUUGACUGAACACAACUCACCUGAGAAUCUGGUUAGGAUCCAGAUGCUAACAGAGUCAGUAAGUCUGCAUGGAACUUGAGAUUCUGCCUUUCCAACAAGCUCCCAGGUGAUGCCAGUGCACUCACCAGGUCACACUGAGAGUAGCAAGACGCUAGAAGUUAGGGUGUGGUUGUGGAGACCAUCUGGAACAGGGAAGUUUCUAGUCUGCUUGAGAAUAGCACCUCAUCCUGCCAGUAGUACAAACACCCUACCUGUUUCCGGUGGGGGAGGCAAUAGAAAGCAAUGAGACUAAUUCCAGAAAUUGUGUAACCCAAAUCAGUCUCUCUGCUUUAUAGUCGCAUCUCUUCCUUCAACAAGACUGGAGAGUGCUUCGCCUGACCAGCCCCUGCACUCUACAAGGAAACAUCACUCAACACCUCAUGGAUGGUACCAUGUCUCUGGUCCUUAGGAAUGGCCCAAACGUCUUCACUGGAGCCACAAUAAUGAACACUUGUCCACAGCAAAUGGCCACGCAGAAUGGCUCCCUGGACACCUAGUCCACAAAGUUGAUCUUUGUGGUUAGUGCAGCGUUUCACUUGGCCUGUUUUUCUCACUCCUGAGAGUCAAGUCUACCAGAAAUUUCUGGAGCCACUAUUUGGGGUGGAGGUGUUUUGUAAGCUGGCCAGUCUUGAAUCAAAGGAAUAAAUGUUUCACUUGCACAGUUUUCUCACAGAGACAAGGACAAAUGUUUUGCAAGCAUAAAAGGCACAAGGUGGAACUUAUUUUUGGUCAGAAAAUGGGAAGUAAAUCACAAGGCAUAAUAAUAGUCCUGUGUGCUUGUUUUCUAGGACUCGGGGGAUUGAAUGUGAACAGGCAAGUCAAAUGUUUUGUAUGAUUUCCAGAGAUAUAAUUAUAGAUCCUAACGUUGCAAAUACAUGUCAGCCAAAUGCACAACAUUUUGGGAAUGAUGGUAAUAAUGUAUGACUGAAAAACCACAAAUACUUAAACUGUAUUGUUUUAUGAAUAAAUUGGAUACUUACGGAAUUUUU